UUGUCCCAGGUCAAGCACGUUGUGCUGGUUCUGUCUGGGAAAGGAGGCGUGGGGAAGAGCACCAUCACCACUGAGCUGGCUCUGGCUCUGAGGCACUCCGGCAAGAAGGUGAGCGGCCACAGCCUCUGUGGGCUCGCCCUCUGUUUCCCUCCCUGCCUCAGGCAGAGCCAGCGGUUAACAACCCUCUGUGGCCCACAGGUGGGGGUCCUGGAUGUGGACCUGUGUGGGCCCAGUAUCCCCCGCAUGCUGAGCGUGGGCCGGCCGGACGUCCACCAGUGUGACUCAGGGUGGGUCCCGGUCUACACCGACGCCCAGAAGACUCUGGCCCUGAUGUCCAUCGGUUUUCUACUGGACGACCCGGACGACGCAGUAGUGUGGAGGGGGCCCAAGAAAACAGCUUUAAUCGGGCAGUUUGUGUCAGACGUGGCGUGGGGGGAGCUGGACGUGCUGCUGGUGGACACGCCUCCGGGGACGUCAGACGAGCAUUUGGCCGUGCUGGAAAACCUAAAAAAACAUCGAGUGGAUGGAGCCAUCUUGGUCACCACACCUCAGGCAGUCUCGACGGGGGACGUGAGGAGAGAAAUCACUUUCUGUAAGAGGACCGGUGUUCGGAUACUGGGCAUCGUGGAGAACAUGAGCGGCUUCGUGUGCCCACACUGCUCUGAAUGCAGCAAUAUAUUCUCGAAGGGCGGCGGAGAGGAGCUGGCUAAACUGACCGGAUCGGAGUUCCUGGGCUGUGUGCCCUUGGAUCCUCUGCUCAGUGCCAGCAUAGAGGAGGGCAAAGACUUCACACAGUCAUUUCCUGACAGCGCAACCUUCAGUGCCAUCAGCAGCAUCUUGCACACGCUGCUCAAAAGCCUGGAGACAGACUGA